UUACAAGACAUGCAAAUUUUCCCCGGAUUCAACCCAAUUUCAGCCCACUCAUACAUUGGAGUUCAACCGGUGAAGCGGCGAGUAAGUCCUAACGACACAGUUCGCGCACAGCUGGGUGCUGCUCUGCCUGGUCUGGUCCUCGAUUCGUGGCACCACCACGGACCAAGGCGGCGGAUCCGACCGGCUCCGGCGGGGUCUGGGGAGGCGAGGGCGGCGACCAAACGGGCCCGUGGAGGUAUGGCCGGCGGCGACGAGGUACUCUCGACCGCCGGAGAUGGGGAGGCGGGAGUUUGCGCGCGCGCACCACGUGGCGUUCUUCGAUGCCAGGGCCACCGAGCUCCCCGACGACUACGCCCCGCAGGAGGUCAACCACCUCACCCUCGGCUACUUCGCAGUCGGCGGCCUCUCGCUCCUUCGGGAGCUCGACCGGGUUAACAAGGAUGAAAUAGCCAAAUGGGUUUUGUCUUUUCAAGUUCAUCCUGAAGCACGUGGUGAUGAGGAUAAUGGGUCAUUUUAUGGAUUCUGUGGUUAUAGAUCAACUCAAUUUCCUUUGCCUAAUGUGAAGGACCCUUGCCACAACGGUAGUCAUCUUGCAAGCACAUAUUCUGGCCUCGCUAUCCUGAAGAUUGUAGGUUACGAUCUAUCAAAUAUUGAUAGCAAUGCACUUUUAUCGUCUACGAAAAAGCUCCAACAACCAGAUGGAAGCUUCACACCUAUUCAUAUUGGUGCGGAAACGGACUUGCGCUUUGUAUACUGUGCAGCUGCAAUCUGCUCAAUGCUAAAUGACUGGACAGGAAUGGACAAGUUAAAGGCAAAGGAAUACAUUUUGAACUGCCAGUCAUAUGAUGGAGGCUUUGGCAUGGUUCCUGGUUCUGAAUCUCAUGGUGGAGGAACUUUUUGUGCUGUUGCAGCUCUCCAUCUAAUGGGCUUUGUUCAAGUCGAUUUGGCAUCUAACUUGAGAGAUUCUGCAUCUAUUGACAUGGGCAUGCUCCUUGAGUGGUGUCUUCAGAGGCAAGUGACUGAUGGAGGAUUCCAAGGGAGAAGAAACAAGCCCAGUGAUACCUGCUAUGCUUUUUUGGGUUGGAGGUGUCCUAAAAAUCAUUGGCGCUUACCAUUGUGCUCUUCGGGAAUUUUUGCUGAUCUGCCACCAAUUCAGGACCCCGGUCACACACAGUCACCCUCGGCGUUCUCUUCCUCUCUGCGGCUCCGGGGCGUUUUGUUCCUCUCGGCGGCUCCGGAGAUGGCGGGCGUCGGCUCGGCGGUGCGGCGGCUCUACCUGGCUGUCUACAAUUGGAUCGUCUUCGCCGGAUGGGCGCAGGUGCUAUACUACGCGAUUUUGGCGCUGUUGGAGAGCGGCCAUGAGGCUGUCUACGGCGCUGUCGAGCGGCCGCUGCAGUUCGCUCAAACAGCCGCCAUCAUGGAGAUUCUACAUGGACUUGUAGGUCUUGUGAGGUCUCCAAUCUCUGCAACUCUUCCACAAAUUGGAUCAAGGUUGUUCCUUACAUGGGGCAUCUUGUGGAGUUUUCCUGAGACUCGCUCUAAUAUUCUUGUUACUUCAUUGGUCAUAAGUUGGUCCAUUACUGAGAUUAUUAGAUAUUCUUUCUUUGGUACGAAGGAGACAUUUGGAUUCGCACCAUCGUGGCUAUUGUGGCUAAGGUAUAGCACUUUUAUGGUAUUAUACCCUACUGGCAUCUCGAGCGAGGUUGGUCUAAUUUUUGCUGCUCUACCUCAUAUGAUGGCAUCUCAGAAAUAUUGUCUAAGGUUGCCAAACAAAUGGAAUUUCUCUUACGAUUACUUAUAUACAUCUAUUCUUGCUCUCGCGGUUUACAUUCCAGGAAGUCCACAUAUGUUUAAAUAUAUGCUUUCCCAGCGUAAGAAGGCAUUGUCGAAGUCAAAAACCGUGUAAUGUUGCUCAAUGGCCUUUUAGAAUAGCACAUGCGUCAUCUCUCGAAGUGCCCCAUGAGUAUUUUUAAAACUUUUCCAGCAGAAGUUAGUGAAAUGGGGAAUGGCACUCUUUACGUGAUUGCCCAAAAGUAUGUUGUACCUUAAAAUAUCCGCUUUUAUUUGGUUAUUAAAAUUAUUGGCCCAAAUCGCCCAGCAUGGACAUUGUGACAUUACGAUAUGAUAUAUGGCUACUUACUGUAACUUAAGUUUGUAAUUUUCCAUGAUUCUUUGCUACUUGUAUUUCUUUGUACA